AUGGGGGAUUUCAAUGAUUUAUUAUGGGGGUGGGAGAAGCAUGGGCGGGUGUCUCACCCGGGUUGGUUGUUACGGGGGUUUCAAGAGGCGGUUCGGGAGAGUGGUCUGGAGGAUAUGGGGUUUGAGGGUUGUCAGUUUACAUGGGAGCAGGGGAGGGGAACUCAACACUGGGUUCAGGAGAAGUUAGAUAGGGUGUUGGUGUCGGGGGCGUGGCGGGAUGUUUUUAGGAAUGCCCAGGCUUGGUCGUUGGAGGAAAGUUCUAGUGACCAUCUUCCUAUUUUUCUGAAAUUGAAUGCGAGGGGGAAGAGGGAUUUUAGGAGGUUACCCAGGUUUGAAAAUGCAUGGGGGAAUCACCCUUUGUGCAGGGAUGUGGUGAGUGAGUUGUGGUUGAGGGCAGUAGGCGAUGAUUUGGGUGACCGUUUACGGGAUUGUGGGAGGAGAGUUUGGCGGUGGGGUAGAGGGCAGGCAAAUAAGGAGGGAAGGGAGUUGGCAGAAUGUAAGGAGAGAAUGGGGAGGUUGCGUACUGCCAGAGGGGAGGGUGAGAUUAGGGAGUUUGGGGAGGUUCAACGACAUUAUUUGUCGUUAAUGCAGAAUCAAAGUGAUCGUUUUUGUCAGCGGGCAAAAGAGUUGCGGGGAUGGGGGAGGGUGUUACGAUGUGUUGAGCGGAGGGUGACAGAGGUUCAGAAUGAGGGGCUGCUUCGGCAGGUGACAAGUGAGGAAGUGAGAGGGGCUCUUUUUGCAAUGCAUCUUGAUAAGUCCCCGGGUCCGGAUGGUUUGUCACCGGCUUUUUUCCAGCUUCAUUGGGAUAUCUUGGGAGAGGAGGUAGUGUCUUUUUGCAAAUCUUUUAUUCUUCAUGGUCAGUUACCUGUUUCUCUUGGUGAAACCCAUAUUGCUUUAAUCCCAAAAUUAAAAAAACCGGAGUUGUUGUCUGAUUUUCGCCCGAUAUCUUUGUGUAUGUACCGUAUUCUUGCAAAAGUUUUAGCAAACCGUUUUCGAAAUGUGUUGGAUUUUGUUAUCUCCCCUUCUCAGAGUGCUUUUAUUCCCGGGAGGUCAAUAGUUGAAAAUGUGUUAAUUGCAUAUGAAUCGACUCAUGCUUUAAAUCGUUUUCAAGGUAGUGGAGGGGGGUAUGGGGUUUUAAAGGUUGAUAUGAGUAAAGCGUAUGACAGGGUAGAAUGUGAUUUUAUGACUACUGCUUUGCUUAAUUUGGGUUUUGUGGAGAGAUGGGUGGACUUGAUGAGGGUAUGUGUGUCCUCUGUUAGGUAUUGGGUUUUGGUGGAAGGGGUAGAACGUGGUCCUAUAGUUCCGACUAGGGGUUUGAGACAGGGGGAUCCAUUGUCGCCUUGUUUAUUUAUUGUGGUGGCGGAGUGUUUAAGUUCUAUGUUAAGGGAGCAGGAGGAAGUGGGUGCUUUGCACGGGAUUAGGGUAGCUAGGGCCGCUCCAUCUAUUUCGCAUCUUUUUUUUGCUGACGAUUGUUUGUUUUUUUUCCGGGCAAACAAUUUGGAGGCGGGGGUGAUUAAGGCUAUUUUAAUGGAGUAUGGGGAGGCUAGUGGUCAGAAGGUGAAUUUAGGGAAAACUUCUAUUGUCUUUGGGAAAGCGGUUCAAAGGGAGGAUAAGGAGGCUGUUUGUGAGGUACUUGGUAUUCAUGAACAGCGGGGUAGGGGAAAUUAUUUUGGACUUCCGGGGUUGGUUAGGAGAAAUAAAAGGCAAGUUUUGGGGUUUGUGCGUGAUAAAGUUCGAGCUAGGGUCUUGCAUUGGGGGAAUAGAUUCCUUUCUAGGGCCGGUCGAGAGGUCUUGUUGAAAACUGUGUUGCAAAGUAUCCCAAAUUAUGCCAUGAAUGUUUUUCUGUUGCCUAGGACUUUAUGUGGGGAGAUUGAGAGGAUAAUGAAUGCGUUUUGGUGGGGGUGUGAGCGUAGGAAUGGGAAGGGCAUUCGUCGGGGGACUUGGAGUGAUCUUUGUCAGCCAAAGAAGUAUGGGGGUUGGGGAGAGCAAUGGGUGUAUUCGGUGAAGAAUGGUUAUAGGAGAGUGAAGGGGUGUAGGGAUGGGGCUGGGAUGAGAGUUUGGGCAGGGGUUUGGGGACUUGAUAUUCCACCGAAGGUGAGGUGCGAUCCUACUUGUGUGUUAUGUGGUAUAGAGCCAGAAACGAUAGUCCAUUUGUUUGCGAAUUGCCCGUUCUCGAGGGAGUGUUGGAGCGAGGUGGAUAGGGGAUGGCGGUUUGGGGAGGUGGAGUCCAUUGACGAAUGGGUUGUGAAGAUGUGGGAGGCGUUACCGAAGACGGUUUUGGAGACAGUGGUGGUCGUUUGUUGGGCUUUAUGGGAAGGACGAAAUGCUGUGGUGUGGAAUAUGCAUACCGUGGAGUCCAGUUCGUUGGUCUUGCGUGCGAAAUUAUAUAUUGCAAACUGGAGGGCAGCUAGGCGUAAGGAGGGAGUGCCACGGCUGGGAGGUGAGGAUGUAGAUCAUUUUGAGCACUGGAAUCCGCCACUCGGCUUACACUUGAAGUCUCCGGGUGUUUACUUGGUUCGUGAGGCGGUGGCGAUGGGUGCUAGGGAAGCGUUAAGUUGGAUUAAGAAAAUAGGUUGGCCUCGUAUUGUGCUGGAAACUGACGCUCAAUUGGUGACGAAUGCGGUGCAGAAGGGGUUAAAUAUUACUCCUUUUGGAGAAAUUAUUGAUGAUAUUCGGCUUUUACUAGGGAGUAUCGAGGAUAGUUCCAUUACUUUUGUUAGGCGCAGUGCCAACGAGACAGCCCAUGUGCUUGCGCGUAAAGCGUUAUGUAAUAGGGAUUUCGCUCUUGUUGAGUUUUUUGACGCUAUUCCUCGUUGUAUUUCUGCUACUAUUGCUAUGCAUUAA